AUGCGCUCAACGGCAUCUUCUACCCGCCUCCCCCCCACACACACACGUACACACACCAAUCCCCCGUGUAUCAACAUCGACCCACACGAAACACAGCUCCGGCACAUCACACGCACACACACUCGUGUCGGCCCACACGCAGGUGCGUCACCGCCGUCUGCAUCAAUGGAGGAUCGUUCGCUAAAGCUGGCGGAGGACUUCGUCUCGGCGCGGUACAUCGACAUGGGCCGCGAGUCGUUGCAGUCAACGGCCCGCAUCCUGCGUUCCAUCCUGGCGCAGCGUUGCUGCCCAGAUGAAGGGCUCAACGAUGCUACCAUCGAGCUUAUCCUUCGCCAGCUCGCGCUGAUGGACACGAACAACUUCGCACACCACGUCGGCGGCGGCGAACGCGAGGGCCGCGUUGUCUCUGCCCUCGUUCGCACGCGGCACUUCCACCUCACACACGGUAUUGGGCGCUCCGGCGACUUGGUCAGUGAGCAGCCGAAGGCAGCGGGGUCAUCAUUGCUGUAUAAAGUAACGAACGUGCUCAUGCUUGACCUGAUACGCCAAGCCGGGGCCCCGUCGACCGCGGCCGCGGUGGUGGUGCCAAUGGCAACGGGCAUGACGCUGGCGCUGGUGCUUCGGUGUGUAGCGAAGACGCGCACAGAAGAACUGCUGAAGGAGGCAGGGGCGGCGCCGCUGCAACGCACCGUCACGAAGGACUCAAUGAACGCAACGUCCGCUGCCCGAGUGCAAGAGUCGCGAAUGUGCGAAGAUGAUCGUACCAAGCAGGACCGCACAUGUGUGUCAGCCCCGGAGGCGCCGCGCUACGUCAUAUGGCCCCGUAUUGAUCAGAAGACAGCGCUCAAGUGCAUUGACGCGGCGGGGCUAGUGCCGGUGCCGGUACAGCUACGGCCCGCCCUGCCACUCGCACGCUCUGCCGCCCCCUACGCCUGCACUGACAGCGGUAGCCUCAGCCGUAACCAAGCCAGCAUUGGUUCACCAUCGACAUCAUCGCUGUCGUCGUCGCUGUUCCUUGAGUGCCAUGUGGACGACGUAGCCACCGCCGUCAACACCGUUGGUGGGCCGUCGCAGGUGGUGUGUGUGCUCUCCACAACCAGCUGCUUCGCGCCACGCCUGCCAGACAACACGGUCGCCAUUGCCCAGUACUGUAAGAAGGUCGGCAUUCCCUACGUGGUGAACAAUGCGUACGGAGUGCAGAGCCGCCGCAUCAUGACUCGGCUCGACGCGGCGCAGCGACUGGGGCGGGUCGACUUUGUGGUCCAGUCUGGCGACAAGAACUUUCUGGUUCCGGUGGGUGGUUCGAUCAUCUGCUCUAGCAACAAGGAGUGCUGCCAGGCCGCGGCAGCCCUUUACGCAGGUCGCGCGAGCAUGAGCCCCAUCCUUGACCUCUUCAUCACCGCCUUGAGCCUCGGUCGGCGCGGCAUGCGAUCCCUGUGGAACGAUCGCUACAGGUGCCGUGCGCGGCUGAUUCAGCAGCUUCGCGUGUUUGCGCGCGAGCGAGGGGAGGUGCUGCUGGUCGACGACAGCGAAGAGGGCAAGGGCUAUGAGGAUACCGUAGGUGAGCCGCAAAGGGCUGGCAAUGCUGCCAUGCCCCGCAACGACAUCAGUGUCGCCGUCACCAUGCGAACUUACGGUCGGCCUGCAGCCGAAGCGAGCAGCACUGGUGCGCAAUUGGGGUCGGAGCAGGGGGAGAAGACGACAAACUGGGCAGCCGCCCGCGCUCUCGGCGCACAACUGUUCCGCAGCUCGGUCACUGGCCCCCGCGUCAUCACCCCCGCACCGUCGACCCCAACUAUGAUUGCGGGCUGCACGUUCACGAAUUACGGCAUGCAUCAAGAUGGGCAGCCGCCAUGCCCGCUGCUGGUGAUCGCGUGUGGCAUCGGCACGUCAGAGGCUGAGGUGGAGGCACUGAUGCUGCGCCUUCACGACGUGUGGCCUCUUCCCGCGUGA